UUUUGCCAGUGGCGGGGGCAGUCGAACCUCAAUCUUCGGCGCCGCUGGCGGCAGUUGUCCGUCUUCGCGGGCGUCUAUUCUAGGUGUUGGCGUUGGGCGACAGAGGUCAGUGAGCCGAAGGUCACUCGCAAACGGUUCCAGCGAAGAAGAAAACAUGCCCAUGCGUCGCAUGAUGUCCUCUUGGUCAGCAGCCUCCUUCAAGGCCGAACAAGAGGGUGGGGGAGAGGCGUCUCCCAUAGAUUUGCAACCAGCAAGUUUGCGUCUCGUAGUUUGCGGUACGCUAUGCGGAACACUGAAUAACGCGAGCUUUUGCGUUCUGCUAGGGGCGGCGCAAAAAGUGGCGGCUGACUUUGAUCGAGUACUAUUAGGAACGUCCGUACAGGAACUAAUCGCGAUUUCGUUCAUGUGUAGUUCGCCAACAUGUACGUACUUAAGUACAUAUACAUCGUCAUUUCUCACCACGACCCUCAUGAUGUUCUUGUUGUGUUUCUUGUUGUACGUCUGUAUAGUCGCCUGCUUAUCGUCUUGUUUCUUAUGAAUGUAUCUUCCAGGUAAACGAUGUGUCAUUGAUGACGAUGAUGGGCACGGUUGGUUGCCUUGCGGGCAUUGUCUUGAAUGCGAAGCUUUGCGUCGGCUUCUCCACAGAGACGAGGCGACUUUCCAUGCUUUUGACGCUGAUCACAUUCGGUUACUUGGUGAUCAUUUUCGCUUACCACUUCCUGGAGGGAACGGCAGCUGGCUUUUUUCUCUGUGUGAGCGCGUCCAUGCUCUUAGGUGGUGCGAGUGCUGCUGGUGAAGUCCUCAAUCUGGGGCUCUUCCGCGCGUUUGCUCCGACGAUGCUUAGCAGCUGGGGCGCGGGGACAGGUUAUUUUUGAUGAAAAGGCUACGUGUAGUUGAUGCGAUGUAGAUGUACUACUUGAACAAGUUAUUGCCCAAGAAGCUGGCAAAAAUAUUGAGUUCCGCCUCAAAAUGGAACUUCAUCCUUGUCAGAUACAGAUAUCUGGUGUCACUUUCACAUUUGCGCCCACGAUCUUCAGGCAUGUCCGGCAUAUUCGGACCCUCAAUCUACCUUGCACUAACCACCGGGCUUGGCCUGAAUUCCGGUCAGGUGUGUUGGUUUUUGAUUGCGACCCUACCACUCUACUUCUUCUUUUUCUGGACUAUCGUUCGAGCUCGUGAUGAGUACGACGCCGCCUAUUUCGAGGAGGAGGAGGAAGGUUUCGCUUCUGACAAUGAGGUAGUAGAAAGACCACAUGUUCCGAUCGAAAACCAGGCUGCGCCAUCAGGCAGUACAACCGUCGUUACUCAUACGGAGCAAGCAAGCACCACCAGCGGUGAUACUAGCACGACAAGGGAUGCAGUGUCAUCUUCUGGCAAUAGUUCUUCCUCAUCAAGAAGUGGGAGUGCUACAACGACAGGAGACCAGGGCUCCUCUGGAGUAGCUUCUUCAAAUUCCUUAGCAAGUACGGCAUCAACAUCUGCGGGUUCGGGAUCCGACGUUCCUCCGAAUCAAGACGAGCCAGCGCCAGACGUGGUUCCACCUAAGCGCCGGUCUCCCAGUAGGCGGAGCGUGGCGGGUAGGACGAGUAUUCUCGAGCAAGGUGGAGAUCUCAUGUACCCAGAAGCUGCUGUGCCUGUCUUUCGGACGUCCUCGAUUCCACAAAUCGACAACUUGUUGCGGAGCCCCGUCUCCGUGCCCGUUUCGCGACGGUCAAGGAGUAGAGAGUCGAUUUUAGGUGGAAUCGAUGAAAACGGCGGAAUGAACGCUGUCAGCACAUGCUCCUUAACGGCUGCGAAUACCAACGUGAAUGCGCAGAAGCAUGGAGAUGUAGGUGAGCAAGAGCAACAUGACGAAAGUGUUGCGGCCGUGAGUAGAGAGCCCAAUGAUGGGGCUGACGCUGAUGUAAAUAGCAGCAGGAUGAAAAUGUCGGGUGCGCAAUCCCCAUCGGAGCAACCACAGAGCAUCGCCCUUACGUGGCGCAAUUUCAGGAAGGUGGUCACCAAGUGCCGUUUUAUCAUGAUGAAUAUGGUUGCGGUGUACUCUCUGGAGUAUCUAAUCAUGUCGGGAGCGCUCGACCGCGUGACACUUUGCCCAACGAGUCAAUCGUUCAUCGCGACAGACGCGUACACCGUCUACUGGUGCCUGUACAACGUAGGCGUGACGCUUUCGCGCGCGUCCGUCGCGCUGUUUCGCAUCCAGCGGGUCUGGAUUCUCACGGUCAUCCAACUGAUCAACACGAUGUUGUGGUACACGGAGGCGUUUGUCCAGCUGCACCGACACUUGUUCCCUGCGGGCGACGAUGCCGGCUACUACAUCAUGGCCGUGCACAUGAUCUGGGUCGGUUUCAUGGGCGGCGCCUGCUAUUCCAACUGUAUGUUUCUCUUCAACACGAGCAAGAGCAUUCCAGCGGCGUACCGUGAGCUCGGCCUCAACGUCGGCUUUCUAUUCAGCAAUCUUGGCAUCAUUUCCGCCACUUUCCUUGCUUUUCUUCUAGAUGCCACGGUGAUGUCCAACAAGAAACUCUUUCCUCCAGACGGAAGCUGCCCAGCGGCUGGCAUGGAAGAAGCAGGAAUAGCAGCUUCUGGAACGUCGACCGUUGACUCGUCCAGCCACAACGCAGCAACACUACCUCCCUCUUCAUCUUUCGGAGGCGACAACUACGUGCCGCUCGACAUCAAUGGAAACAUGGUCUUCACCAACGGAAAUGUCUUUCCAGGUACGGCUGCAGCCGUGAUUUCGCUCGUUUCGAAAAGGUUUCUUGGCGCUGCAGCUCCUUAG